ACCCACCUAGUACGUAUACCAGGUCGCCAGCAUGGAGGAUCUGGCAAGCGAGGAGUCGGAUAGCGAGGAGUCUGCGGUCGUGACCGAGUCGGCAAGCAGUAGAUAUGAAGUGCAUAGUGCGAGCAGGGCUAGGAGGGUUACUGCUAGGCAGAAGGCUAUUCUUGGUGCUCACUACAACGCUGGCAUGAAAGGUGUGGGUGAGCUGUAUUCCACGAGAAUGGCCUCUGCUGCAAGAGAAGCGGGACUUGAAGUUGAUCAAGUGAAGAAUUGGAUCAAGAAAAGGAAUUUUAUCAAAAGACACGCCAAAGUUCCUGAUUUAGCUUCUGGGGGUGCCAAAAGGCUAAAGCUAACUGCCUGCCAAGUUUUUAUGCAGGAUUUUGGAAAGACAAAGGGUGAGUAAAAGUGGUGCUAAUUGGCAGUAUUGUUUUUUAGAGGGGAAAGAACUGAUGAAAAAAGGAACAAAAGAUUUCUCACAAGUUGCAAGCAGCCACUACAAGGUCAUGACACCAGAUGAGAAAGAAGAUCUGGGAAAGCGCCGCUUGCAGAGCACUAAAAGCCUCUCUACAAGGGAGAUCAAACAGGAGGGGAGAAGUAUUUUCAAAAGCAUACACUUAAAAAAUACAAAGACUUCAAGAACUUGGGUAUUCUGCACUUGCUUUUGGUUGUUACAACAGAAGAUUCAAAGAUAUAUGCACACCCAAAAGUAAUCCAUUUUUUGACCUCUCUGGUUACUGCAAGUAAUCCUCCAAGUAUUGAAGAUGUUCUUUCUGAGGUUCUUUCGAGUAAACCCAAUCAAUCAUCUGUGAGAAAGAGUGCUGCAGGAGAGAUUGAGACCCCAGGUGGGCAGACUGCUCAGAAACGGGGGAAGAAGGAAACCAAGUCAUCUGUGAAGGCAAUCAUUCUUGAUUGUGCUGCAGGAGAGAUUGAGACCCCAGGUAGGCAGACUGCUCAGAAACGGGUGAAGAAGGAAACCAAGUCGUCUGUGAAGAGUGCUGCAGGAGAGAUUGAGACCCCAGGUGGGCAGACUGCUCAGAAACGGGGGAAGAAGGAAACCAAGUCAUCUGUGAAGAGUGCUGCAGGAGAGAUGAAGAAUGAAGUCGGUUUACUCUCCCUCCUUACAUCUGCUACUAGUAAUGCUACCGAUGAUGACAAAGGCAGUGAUGGCAAUAAUCAAGAUUCUUCUGAUAUGCUCGUUACUAGUUCACCUAUGAAAGAUGAACAAACGAACAUUUCCACUGACAAUCCUCCUGUUCUAUCCUUGACUGAAACUCAUCCUAUCGUUGUAUCUUCGAGCCCUGUAAAGGAGGAGCCAAACUACUGGAUCAAAGACCUUGAGCUAACGUUUAACGACAAGUUGAUUCUUUAAUCAUCCGCAUGGCUUAACGAUGCCUUGAUUUUUGCCAAACAAACCCUCCUGAAAAAGCAGAGUGAUGGAGUAUUGGGCUGGAAAAGUACCCAGUGCGCAAAAAGGGUUGGAAAGCAGAAAUUUCCCAUGAUUCCUCAACUUUUGUCCAAGUCCUCCAUGUCUCGAAUAAUCACUGGAUCACGGUUUCAAAUAUCAACAUCCACCUGGGUAAAACGGCACUUUAUCAAGAUAGUGUUUGUGUGUAUGAUAGUGGCUGGUCCCCAAACUUAAGUUUGAAGACCAAAGAGCUAAUAUGUGGAUUUAUUAAACCGCAGAAGGAUGUUUUACUUUUUGACAUAAUGAACGUUCAUGCGCAGCCUAAUCUAACAGACUGUGGUCUGUUUGCUGUUGCAUUUGUGACUGAACUAGUCUAUGGGAAAGAUCCAGUUCUUUGCAACUUUGACUGUUCUGCAAUGCGACUUCAUCUUUUGGGGAGCCUUGAAGCUGGAGUUGUUCAAAGAUUUCCAUGCACGAAGCAAAGACGUGUCCCAAUAGGAAGUCGAGUGAGGAAAAUAAUCAGGGAACAGAUCUUCUGUCAAUGUAGAAUGCCCAAUAAUAAAGAUAAAGCAAUGAUUGAAUGCAGCAAUUGCAAGAAGUGGUAUCACAAGGGAUGUGAGGGUAUUGAUACAGAAUAAACAUAUAAAGGAAAGCCAUGGAAGUGUUCAUCGUGCAUUGACUCACUCUAGGGCAUAUAUAUAAUACCGCUCAUAUAUACAUGACAUUCCAAUUACAGAACAGUAGAAUUUCAAUCUUCACUAUCAUCGUCACUCUCAUCAUCUGACUGUCUGAUUCAGGAUGAGGGUGAAGUUCCUCCUCGGAGAAGAGCUUUCUCAAUUUGCAUGUACAGUUCUUCACUACUGCGACAAAGAAGCAAGUAUGCUUCAAUCAGCUCUUCCUUCUUUUCUGAGUAACAUCUGGACCUAGGGGUA